UCGCUGAGUCGAAGCAUUUGAUCACAAACAAACCGAUAGUAGAAGACCAAAGAAAAGCGAAUCAAUGACUGUUUCAAAAAGAUUGAAGACGAUAAUGCAGGAUAUGCCUGCGCACAUCUACAGCAUGAGCGACGAUGUUGUCGAAGAUUCUUUCGGCGACGGCUUGGGAGGUGAGGAGAGGGAUGAUGUUUGUGUUGAUGCCCCCUGUGAACUACACCGCGAGCAGACGAGACUCGACUCCUUCCGGCACUGGCCUGUGUGGGCCCAUGCAGAUCCCAGGGACCUGGCGAAACAUGGCUUCUUCUACCUCAACGUGGACGACCAGGUGCAGUGUGUCUUCUGUGGACUGUGUGUGGGGGGAUGGAAGGAACAUCAGGAUGUUUACUUUGUGCACUGGUUUAGGGCUCGACAUUUCUGCCCCUUGAUCAAAGGAGAGCAUGUAAAUAACAUACCGAUAGACAACGAGUAUACAACAGCCCGAGGUGAGGAUUUACAUGUCACAAAGACCGGCACCACGCAGCCACGAGACACGUUUCACCUGGACCGGACUGCCACAACAUUAAUAAGCCCAGACAUUCAUCGUCAUCCUGAGAACAGUGGUUAUCGGUGUCCAGCCAACGAAGUGCCACACAGAGCAAGUGUUAGCCGCGUGUGGAGUGAUAUUGUCAAGACUGCUCACUGUCCAAGCAUGGCUGCCUUCCAGGCUCGUCUGAACACGUUCACACGGUGGCCUCUACUGCGACCCACGCCCAGGGAGCUGGCCAGAGCCGGGCUGUACCACUCGCCCUCCGACGAUCAGUCGGUCGACUCGGUCAAGUGCUUCUGGUGCGGCGAGCGGCUGCAUCGCUGGCGACCCUCGGAUGACGCGCUCGUCGAGCACGCGCGCCUGUCACCUCACUGUCGCUUUGUCAGGCGCGUGCUGGGGGACAGGUGUCAUGACGACAUCGUCAGAGCUGCUCAUGGGACUGAGACAACAAGACAAACAGGAACUGAACGACUGACCACAGAGUCAACGCCGAGUUCUGAAUUAAGCAUCAACAGGAGGAAAUCAUGGGCGGCAGACUGUCUUCUUCAGAUGGGCUUCCCUGCUGAUGUGGUCAUAGACCUUGUCUCACAGUACCCACUGGAGCUUAAUGUGAACACCCUGUGCAGCCUCGUUCUUCAGAUGACGGAGGGCGACGAGAACUCCUCGCCAUCAGAGGUACGCGAGCCGCAGUUGCAUCCGGGCACCAGUCAAGGACCAGCUUCGACGACGCAAACGCCAUCUAGCGAAAAGACGACACUGAGGAGGGAGGAAAGGACCCCACUGGCGCCCUCAGCUCUCCCGGGUGUGGGUGUGGGGCGACUGACCAACGACAAGGUUACAUGCAAAGUGUGCGCCGAGGCUGAGGUGAGGGUGACUUUUGUUCCUUGCGGUCACCUCAUUACCUGCUGGCAGUGCUCUCAGAAGGUCUCUCUUUGCCCCAUCUGCUCCGCCUUCAUUGCCGACAGGGUCGUGACCUAUCUGUCGUGACCUCUUACACUACAGUAACAAAGAAAAUAAUACGUCCAUAUGUUGCAACUUUCAUAUUUGCUUCAACCAACUCAGAAGCCAGUUCCUGGAUGUCGGUUGAAAACCAAGCAUCAAGUCAGAGCAUCGGUAUUUCAUUGCUACAAGAAUCUUUCCUGCUUGGUUUGAAACUGGUGAUGGCUUGAAACGGUUGGACAGGGUUAUCUUCUCUCACAUCGUGAACAUGCGAACAAAUCAAGAGCACAAACACAGCUUGAACUGAUGAAUUAUUGAUGGUUGUAACUUAAUUCUUUCAUAAAAGAAUAAUGCUUUAACUUUACAAAGCCUACAUAUAUAUGUGUGUUACAUAUCAUUAAAUACACGAGUGUACAUAAUUAUAAUUUAACAGUUGGCAAUAUCGUUGUAUAUUAACAGUGGAAAAUAAUUCAUGAGCACAUCUGCUACUCUACAAUUUUGUUUACAGACGUUUGUUUACAUGACAAUAUUUAUAAAUCGACACGCUUUUGUGUUACCCUUUGAUGAUAUUAUCUUUACCAGUAACAAGUCUUUACUGUUCAAACUCUUUGGCUGAAAGUAUCAAAGGCAGCUGUGUGCAUCGACUAUUUAUUAUGAAAAAUAUAUUGUUUACAUUGAAUCUAACAAAGCCGAUUCUUUUUUGUGGUUUACAGAAUUAAAAUAUUAAUUGAUGACAAUGAUAAA